CAACUACCUACCAAGGCCCCUCCUGCGCUAAGUAAUCCAUCAAUAGUAUCCUACAAGAUCAGGAGAGCUCCUACUUCGAAAAAGAAUUUAUUGAAUUGUCUCUAUAUACUCUAGUACAAUGGCGAUUGCAGCCGUGGGACAGCUAUGCUCGACAGCGAGCAUGGCUAGCAAUCUUGCUCAAUGCCAGGUCCUUGUCCGAAAAGCAGUUGCCGCUGGUGCAAAGGCCCUCUUCCUUCCGGAAGCUUCAGACUAUAUCAGCUCUUCCGCAGCUGAGAGUUUAUCGCUAGUUCGCUCAGUCCAGGAGAGUGAAUUUGUUUUAGGUCUCCAGCGAGAAGCCAGACAAUCCAAAUUGCCGAUCAAUGUCGGUAUCCAUGAGCCCGCACAGGGCGGUAAGAAAGUGAAGAAUACAUUGAUAUGGAUCGACGAAGAUGGCGAGAUUUCGCAGCGCUAUCAAAAAAUCCAUCUUUUCGAUGUUGAAAUCAAAGAUGGUCCAGUCUUAAAAGAGAGCACGAGCGUUGAAAAGGGAAUGGAGAUCUUACCACCGUUUGAGACGUCCUUGGGGCGCGUCGGAUUGGCUAUAUGUUUUGAUCUACGAUUCCCUGAAAUCAGCCUUGCUCUCAAGCGCCAGAACGCACAUAUCAUCACGUACCCUUCCGCUUUUACCGUCCCAACGGGCAAAGCACAUUGGGAAGCUCUACUGCGUGCCAGAGCGAUUGAAACUCAGUCUUACGUAAUUGCAGCAGCGCAGGCUGGACCUCAUAAUGAAAAGCGGAUAAGCUACGGUCAUUCGAUGAUCGUCAACCCCUGGGGCGAAGUCGUGGCCAAGCUUGGAGGCGAGUACAAGGAGCCUGAGAUUGCAACUGCGGAGAUCGAUCUCGAUCUGAUCACGAAGAUUAGAACGGAGAUGCCGCUGCUUAGGAGAACGGACGUGUAUCCGGAAGUGUAAUACGUAGUAGACGUCCAUAUUUCCACCUAUAGAUCUGAUGUUACCAUGUUCGAUAAUCGAUCCUAGCGCUGUACUUCGAAUGGUCUUGCAAUUCCCCCCUUAUGGUGCUAUCUCAGGAGACUCAAGCAUGCAGGACCUAAUAUUACAUCGGUAGAGGGCAUAAGAUGCACGAUUAUGAUCAGCUGGUUUCCAAACCAUUUGCAUGGACUAGUUGAAAACAGUUUCUGCAGUUCUAAUAAAGCA